UGGCAUAAAAAUAUCACGCUUUUCUCACUCCCACAGUCUGCCUUAGCUGCCAGAUUUCAUUAGACUUCUUCUCAUGCUAAGGCAGCAACAGUAAAUUCCAAAAAUGACCUCAAUCUCACCGCCGAGCCUCUCCUCCUCAUCUCUCCUUCGCUCCUCCGCCGCCGCCGUCCACCUCCGGCUGCCUUACCAGCUGGCAUCUCCACACAGGCCUAAUUCCGCUAACUGUCACCGCAUCUCGUGCUCGCGCAACCCCGUUACUGUCGCUGCCGGCGCCAGCGGCGCAUUGAUGGCCAAUUCUGUACAGCCAAGGAACGGAGAUUAUACAGUCGGCGAGUUUAUGACGGGAAAGGAAGAAUUACACGUAGUCAAGCCAUCAACAUCUGUAGAUGAAGCCUUGGAUGCUCUUGUAGAAAACAGAAUAACUGGUUUUCCUGUGGUUGAUGAUGAUUGGAAGCUGGUUGGUGUUGUAUCUGAUUAUGACUUGUUGGCACUGGAUUCUAUAUCAGGUACUGGAAGAGCUGAUGUGGACAUAUUUCCUGAAGUUGAUAACAAUUGGAAAACAUUCAAUGAAGUACAAAUGUUGCUUAACAAAACCAAUGGGAAGGUAAUUGGGGAUGUGAUGACACCUGCUCCAUUAGCAGUGCGUGAAUCCACCAAUCUCGAGGAUGCAGCAAGAUUGCUACUGAAAACAAAAUAUCGCCGACUUCCUGUUGUUGAUUCCAAGGGUAGGCUGGUAGGAAUUAUUACCCGAGGAAACGUUGUACGAGCUGCCCUUCAAAUAAAACGAUCUAUUGAAAUGCAGAGCUAAUAUCAUGAAAGCGAAUUCAUCACUAAAAGCCUGUAAGUACGGUGAUAUUUGCACAGCACAAAGCACACCAUAGUGAGAUCCCAACAUUUAUGAAGUUUAAAUAGCUGUAAUAUGGGGAUUAGCUGAUGAAACGUUGGGACCUAAGCUAGCUGAAAUUAUCUUUGGACAGUAUAUAUAUAUAUAUAUCAGCGACCUACAGGCUACAGCAAAUGCACAUAGCUUUGUUGAGUGUUGACAAUGAAGCUUUUACAUUCCAUCCGGCCAUCUAUUGUGGGACUGCGUUUGUAUUGUGGAACCUAUUUAUAUGGGGACAUUUUCAUUUAGGUCUCAGUUGUUUUUCCUAAUGUUCACCUCUUCUCUAGUCUAGUCUCUUAACUGGUGAAUUGUUCAACCAGAAAUUACCUGAUUUAUCCAAUUUGCUGUCGAGGUUGAUUAACCAUGAUAAUGUGCAAAAUACAUCAGUUUCACGUAA